CGCACACUGUUACAAUUCUUUCCCUUCUGCUUGCCCUAUUCUUCUGCUCUCUGAUUCCCGAUUAUCUCCCUCGGCCGUCUCUCGGUUCAAGGGUUUUUGAUCCCUGGCCUCUGCCUCCUGUUUGUCUCUAUCCGCGAGUAUCCUCGUAUUACUAGCUCGUCGGCUUUCUACGAGGCCUUUCACUCAUUUGCAGAGCUUUUUCUUGGCUGCCUGCCUCCUAGUUCUGGUUAGCGCUCUGAAUCGGCUAACAUCUUGCGGCCCCAUUCAACCAUGGAUAACUCUGGGAAGGAGAAGGAGGCUCUGCAGCUUCUGGCUGAGGCUGACAAGAAGGUGAAGUCAUCGCAGUCAUUCUUUUCAGGGCUGUUUGGAGGCUCCUCUAAAAUGGAAGAAGCAUGCGACCUCUAUGCCAGGGCUGCCAACAUGUUUAAGAUGGCCAAGAACUGGAGUGCUGCUGGCAAUGCCUUCUGCCAGGCUGCCCAGAUCCAUCUUCAGGUUCAAAGCAAGCAUGAUGCAGCCACUAACUUUGUGGAUGCUGGAAAUGCAUUCAAGAAAUCUGACCCCCAGGAGGCAAUUAACUGUCUGCUUCGAGCAAUAGAGAUCUACACUGACAUGGGAAGAUUCACCAUUGCCGCCAAACAUCACAUUUCCAUAGCAGAGAUCUACGAGUCAGAGCUGGUUGACAUAGAGAAGGCAAUAGCACACUAUGAGCAAGCAGCAGACUACUACAAAGGAGAGGAAUCUAACAGUUCAGCCAACAAAUGUUUACUAAAAGUUGCUACAUAUGCUGCACAACUGGAGCAGUAUCAGAAGGCUGUUGAAAUUUAUGAGCAGGUUGGUACCAAUGCCAUGGACAGUCCACUUUUGAAAUACAGCGCCAAAGAGUAUUUUUUCAAAGCUGCCCUUUGCCAUUUCUGCAUCGACAUGCUUAAUGCCAAGUUGGCAGUCCAGAAAUAUGAAGAAAUGUUCCCAGCUUUCAGUGACUCAAGGGAAUGUAAAUUAGUUAAGAAACUACUCGAUGCUCAUGAAGAGCAAAAUGUAGACAGUUACACAGAUGCGGUGAAAGAGUAUGACUCAAUCUCCCGCUUGGACCAGUGGCUGACAACCAUGCUGUUACGCAUAAAAAAAACCAUCCAGGGAGAAGAGGAGGACUUGCGUUAAUUCUUAAGGGUGAAACCCUUUCCUCUAGAUGGAGCCAGCUGGAGGAAUUUGGGGAGGCGGGGGCACUGCUUAUAUCCUAUUUACUAUUAUUACUCAAUUUUCCAUCAGUGCAAGUUUCCACACCCUACCUAUGUGCUGUGCAUUGUGGCCUGCUGUUGCUCUCUGGUUUCAAGCACAGUUGUGGAGUAAUGAAUGGAAGGAGUUUUUAAACUAUGAUCAGCCAAAAUGACAUGUAUCUGAAUAAACGUACAUCUUUAAGCAAUUUACCAAAUAUCCACAACUACAUUGCAUGUGUUAGCAUGUAUUUUGCGCCAUAGACUUUUCGGCUGUGAGCUCUUCUCCGCCAUCUUCUUCCACUCAAGCACUUCAUCCCAGCUGGAACUUUCAGAGGGUUUGUUAAAAGGCUUAGUUAAAAACAUUGCAUGGAUUUUAGGAGGUGUGGUGCAAUUUAAUCUCUUUUACUAAUAUGUUUUUUUUUCCUUUUUAAUAGAUUUGUUAAUGAGGGAGUAAAAUAUAAAAAUGGAAGAGCAUUUUCAAAUUUUCUCAUGUUCUUAGUGUAGUGGCACAAGGAGCGAUUUAGCUCUGGUGAUCUACCAUUCUGAGGGGGUAGGGACGAAAUGCUGCAAAUUUUUUGACAUUUCCUAUUCCAUGUAAAUAGGAAACAUGGCAACAGCGCCUUGUCCUGCUUAGUGACAGGUGCGCAUGUUUUCCAUCCACACCAAAUGAGAGGUAGAUUUGUCCCCCCUCCUUCAGGCCAAUAAGUUGGUGUGGAGACAAAAUGCUGCAAAUUUUGCCAUGUGCCAUUAGCGUUAUUGUGCAGAGUGGUCUUAAAUGUGUGUAUUCUUUAUUUUUACUGUUUACUACCUGGUCACUCUAAAACCUGCUGCUAGAAGUAGUAAGAUCUUUUCCCAGACCUAGCAAAAUUGGACAUUAUGUCUACACAGUGUUUCUCCUAUUAAAAUGUGAUAGAUACAUUUGAUAAAUUAAAUAGAUACUACCAGAAACAGACACUUUUCAGUCAUACUAGAGAGAACCUGUUUUUUGCAUUAGUGGUGGAUUCAAACUGGUGCAACCAAAUGCCAACAGAAGAAAACAUUUUUAUAAAUGCUCUGAAAUACUAAUGUUUUACUACCCCAUUAACUGCACAUUGACCAAAUGGAUGGGGUUCUGCCUCCUCCUCCCUUCUUAUAUAGUUUGCAUUAAAUUGAGUAUGAAAUAGAAUAGCUGUAUUAUAUAUGUUUCCACUCAUGGAAACCAAAACCAGAAUGACUGCAUCCUGGCAAUGCGGUAUGUUUAACUAUAAAUACAGUUGCUAUUUAUUUAUCCUUAGAUCUUAGAAAUGAUAUGUACCCAAUUUAAAGUUUAUAGCGGUACAAGCAAUUCUUUAUUGAAUAACUGGCAAUUUGCCAUCAUUGUAGCAUCUAACUAAUGUUUCCUCUAAGUAAAUUUUAAUAGCAGUAGACCUGUGAAGUGCAGCAAUGUCCACAUAUCAGGUGACAGAUCUAGAGGGCAAUUUAAAUUCAAAUGAUAGGUUACUGUAAAUCUGCUACUUAGUGGCACGUUCUACCCUUACAUAUUGUUCUAAAUGUUCUGUCUAUAUUUUUGUUUUGCCUCUUAAACAGGCUGUAUUUUACAUUAAUUAAGUUGUAUCCAAGCCUCUGUUAUCUUGUGAACCAUCCUAUCACACAGCGAAACUGAUAAAUAAAGUAAAUGAGAUAUUAACCAA